GCAACAUUGGAUAAUCCUCCUUGGCAUAGGGUCGGUCUGCUCGUACAUACGACCUUAUCUUUAUCCCUAUUAUUUUAUUGCAGAAAUCUUGCGUUUUCUUUUCGACGCAAACAAUACAGACAGAUAGGGGAGCUCGAGAGAGCUGUUGAAUCAUAUGCGACAUCAAACCCACAAGUAGGAUCAAGAAAAUUUUACAUGUGAGGAACGUUCAGUUGUAGCUUAGUAUCUAUUGGCUGAUCGGCCCUAAGUACCUCUAUAGCUAUAAUGCUAUGGAAAUUUGGGAUGGCCGUAUAUUGACAAGGCUAUAUUUAAAUGGUGCUCAAACUCGUUUAGGUCUAUUUGAAGAAGUUUUGAGAGUCAUCGAAUGGAAGCCCGCAUAAAGCUGAAACAAGCCGCUCAUAUUGCCUAAAGGUUGGAGUAUUUCAUCCAGCUUCCGCCCAGUCUGUCUUUGUUCAGUUAUGCAAUCGAUGUCAAUCGGCGGUAGAGGUUCUGUUUGCAAAUGGAAACGAAGCGUGCGGAGCCUAUGGAGGAUCAACGCUUUAGACGCACUGAAGAUGCACAGACGAUUAGAUUUAAUACUGCGAACGUGCAUAGCUUCGUCGAAGGGGUUUACCACAAGAAAACAGGUGAUGGGAAAACCAGACCGUGCGUGUCCAGCAAAUUGCACGGAGGUGAGGGCUUCGACGAGUGUGAAAGGAACUAUAGUGCAUCGGAUUCGUUGCCUUCUUUAAUUACUCCCAGGAUUUCAUCAACGUCGAUUCAGGAGAGUGUAGACUUAUUUGAGCACGCUGUGAUAAGCAGUUUGCAGAAAUCCGUUGCAGACAUGACGGUGAACGAGGCCGGAGAAUGCACAGGAGAAAAAAAGGUUAAUUUCUCACCAGGCUGCAGUGCCGUGCCUCAAACGAGCGACGGAAAGCGGACGCGAGCUUGCUGUGACGAAUUUAUGGAGCAGACUAUAAGUGUGCAUGAAAUCGAACGCAUUUUCGACAUUGACUUCGAGAAGGAUUGGGUCCGGUUGGUCACGUCUUAUUGCCCUCGACUAGAUGAGCAUCCAGUCACGCCCGAACAGUUGCAACUACGCAAGAAGGUUCAGAAAGGCGAAAAACGGAUGCGUAAACGUGAGGAGAAGAUUCGCCGUUACACGAAAAAAGCGCAAAACGCUAAGGAAGAGGCAAUUUUACGAAGGGAAAUCAUCCAAAAAAUGAGCGACAAAGCUAAAAAGUUUAUGGAGAAACGAAAAGCUCAAUGGGAGAGGCAAAAACAAAAGGAAGAGGAAGACAGAGUUAAGGAAAUUGCUAAACGGUUGAAAGCGGCAGGAAAAGCCAGCGAGAAACUGCUCAAAGCGACAAGAAAGAAAACAUCGAACAAGACGGUAGAGUCUCAGGCAGCUGGAGAUGUCGUCUGUGAUGAUAUUCCAUGAAGUGUCGUCAGACAAGGCAGAAAAAGCUAUUGGAACAGAACAUUUCUAACCACGGAAAGUUGUCCUGCAAAAAGGGAAGUUACUGGCAAGAGACCGGAAUAGCGGUAGGUAAGAGCCGUUGCGGAUGUUUAUUGCGGUGCCUCAAAAUACGUUCGUUUUGACUUAUAGAAGGACAUCGUACAACUAUCAAGGAGAGAUGAGUGACAUUGGUUCGUUAACAAUACCUAACCCGAUCUGAUUAGUCGGCUUGAGAGUACCACAUGUCCAAGUUGCCGUUCUGCCUUAUAUUUAUAGAGGAUAGUGAUCAAGGCAUCUGGCAGUUACGAACCAUUCGUAGAACGGUUCUAGCUAUCUAUAGCACAUGUUGAUUUAUGGUUAAUUGAGAGGCAGUAAAGAAAGACAUUUUACAGAAAUCGAACAAUAAAUUUCUGAAACGUCGAUCAACUUGGACAAGUCACAAACGGCUUUUAGGAAGAAAAAAAAAUAUGGCCCGGUUGACCACUUGAUAGGUGCUUAUUAAAUGGGGCUGACUUCUGCAAGAUUUGAUUAUUGCAUCACGCUCCGCAACCAAACACAGAGAGGCAUAGAUUAUUACUAAAAUCUGUGAUUCAAUUAAUGGCUAAAACAUUAACAAAGCAAUAAGUAACGAUUGCAU